UGAACCUGACCUUGUAGUGUUUACUUGUGACCGACUUUCUAAUAACGUGUUUGAUGACGCAAAAAGAUACUCACGGAUACUCUAUGUUAUUAAACAAUAUCUUAUCUAUUGAUUCUCAAAGAAUCAUACCUAAUUCAUAAAAAUUAAUCUCAAAAGUAAAUAAGGGAACACUACUGUAGAUCUGCCUAAAGGAUCUGAAAAAAAUGUCUAGAAGUGGAUAUACAUGUGUUAGGCAUUUAUUUUGUUGGCUGAAUGUUCUACUUUGGAUCACAGGUUGUGGAAUUUUAGGAGUUGGAAUCUGGUUGCGGAUAGCUUACGAGGGCUAUGCCUCUUUGCUGCCCCAAUACGCUCUACUUAGUGCCGACUCACUUGCGAUAGCAGUCGGUACAAUAACGUUUAUUUUGGCUUUUCUUGCAUGCUGCGGCUCUUGGUUUCAAAGCAGAUGUAUGCUAGUUACCUAUUUUAGUCUGGUUAUAUUUAUGUUUAUAGCCGAGUUUCUUGUCGGAUCGCUAGCUUUCGCGUUUCGCAUUUCAUUGGGGCACACGUUUCGGCAAGAGCUGCAAAAUGGGCUCUGGAACCAUUAUAAUAUGACGGCCAAAGGGCCUGAUAGCUUGGUUACGAUUUGGGAUAACUUACAGUCGGAAUUUAAAUGUUGCGGUGUGGAUAAUUAUCAAGACUGGUUUAUGAUAAACGCUUGGCCGAAUAGGACUUGGGUUCCUGAUUCGUGUUGCCUUCCUUGGAAAGCAGGCGAAAAUUGUGGCAAGUCAGGAGACGCAAAUGAUUUUUAUAUGACUGGUUGUUACCACCAAAUCCAUAUGUGGUUUGUGCAGAGACUUCAUGUUGUGGGCAUUGUGGGGCUGCUGGUAGCUUUCAUACAGCUUUUUGGACUUAUAUCAUCGAUGUUGCUGUUUUGUACAGUCAGACACAAAAGGACUUCACGGACUUAUAAAUCCUACCAAACACACACAUAGAUUUCAAAGUAUUUAAUUUAUUUAAUCAUCAUGUUCGCAAGAUUACGUAGACUGAAAGUUUUAAUCGAUUUGUAAUCUUGCCAUUGUGCCAAAGUUCGUCACAUCAAAUUAACAAUCCGCAGCGUUACAUUCACAGUUAACAUUAUAUAUCACAGAAAAGUUAUUGCAACUGUUAAAAAUUAUAUCUCCAACUAUAACAUUUAUAAAUUUAUUACUUUGAACUAUCUGAUGUAUAGUCCGGGACAUUUCUAUAUGAGAUACGUCAUAGGGCAUACGUUGACGCGAGACUAUAUAGAGCACAAAAACUAGAUAAGAGCUCAAAUUUAGGGAACUUGGUUGUUUGAUGUGUUUGACAGAUUACAAAUGUAAACAAUAAUAAAAAUUUAAAUAUUUCUUUAUUGUAGUAAAGUACAGCAAAAUGUACCAACUAGAACACUUAAAAACAAAUGGAGAAACUUUCAAAUGCUUUGAAGUACCGUUGCUGGAUUACUGUUGAGGUUAUGUUUGACCUUGGUAUGACUGUCAGGUUUAAAGUUGAAAUUUGCAUUAAAAAGGCCAUAAAAGCCUCGAAGUGCCUUUUAGGGUAGUCAUCGUCAUGUUCCAAUUGCAUGCCCCCUCUCUGCCACAUCAGUAAAAUUUGCCACAAAAGUUUUAAAAAACGACUUUAAACAACAAAAAAGGCCCUAUUUUCAUUAACAAUGAGACAUAUCUCGCUGCAUGCGGCACGACAUAGGCCUCAUAGGUCAAUCUCAUUGUGAGUGGUUUUCGCUGAGAUCACUUUGAGAGGGUUUCACUGAGACUGACGUUGGCGGAAGGGUGAAACAUGCCUCGCGACAAGUCUUUGCACCAACAUUCGAAAACGCUGUCAAUGGCUUAAAAUGAUAAACUGUGUCAGUUUUUUUGUGUCUUUGAGGAUUAGUCUUUGAGUCCUGUCGCGCCGCAUGUAGCGAAGCAGAUUUCAUUGUGAAUGGGUUCUUUAAGAAACAGUUUCAAUGUACACCACAAGACAUACACUGAGACGGCCUCAUGCCUCAUAUCAUGGCUUGUAAUUGACAGCGUUUUAUAGAAUGAUUUGGGAUCAUAAUGCAGAGAUUGUUGCGAGACAGGCAGGCAGGUCUCAAGCCUACUGCAGAAGUCGCUCUCAGUGAGUCCAUGUCUUAGAGAUGCAAGACCAAUUUAGACCAUUUACAGUGAGAUUGGUGUCCGAGACCUACGUCAUGCAGGAAGCCAAACUUCAUCGUGAAUGGACCCUUUUCAAUGGGGGUGUGCUUUUUGAAUAAAUUUGAAAUGGCCUUUUUGAAAAAAGCAGUUGUCUCUCUUUUAUUCAUCUAUUCAACACGUUUGUAUUCGAUGCACUUACACCAAUUUCAUUAUCAGUGUCUUGAUUAUCAGGCAAGGGCGAAGUGGGAUUGGGGGCAACCCAGAAAUAAAAACACUUUAAUUUCCAUUAUUAGUAGGCUAUAUUUUUUCUACAAGAGACUACUCUCAGAUAGAGACGUACAAAAAUGUAAACAAGAGUAAAAGUUGGUUUGUCGCAAUAUUUCACACUAUUCUUUCACACGUCCACAGUAAAAUCAGAAAGCGCUUCUUGUUAUAAAGCCCUUAUUAUGUUUUUCGACGAUGGCUGAGACUUUGUGACGUAUUUGUUAAACGUAAGUUUUCAAAUACCCCAUGCCAGUGCAAAGGAGUUAUAUUAACAAUUUUACGGGAUUAUUUUUAACUUUACACCCACACUGCUUGAAACAAGAGUGGCUGCCAGGAAAUAACGAACAAAGUGGACCCAAAAGGCUUCAGCUGCAAAUUAUAAACACAAUCUGUGAUUUUUUAAAUAAAUUUUUUAAUAAUUAAUAAAAAACAUGACAAUAUUAAGCUUUUCGAUUUCGUUUGGUUUGAAUUUUAUAUGAAAAUAGAAAAGUUAACCCUCUACACCAGAAAAGACAAAAAACAUAAAGAAAGUAUCUGUAAAUGUCGUGAACUUACUUUGAAGUAAACAGGGCUCUCCAUCUAUAACUCAUAAUUACUUGAACCGCAAUUCCCAUCAUCAAAAUGUGCAAAACUGCGAUAAGUGAGGUUAUGCAGUGAUGCACUUUCUUUUCCAGUUUUUCACACAAAAUAUAUCACAAAUUGCACAAAUCGUACAACCAGCGAUAGUCAGUACUGUCAGUACUUCACAGCAGCUUUCUCCAUCACAAUCACUGACUGCAAUUCUGUAUUGUGCCAUUCCCGUCUCAUCAUAUAAUCUGAGUAAUUGUUAUAUGACAAGUAAUGUUUCUACCUUCAAAAAUACUUGCGUAAAUAUGUUAUUAUCCCGUUAGUACACACUUUUAAAGCAGCCACUGGUUAUAUAGAUUAAAAUUAUAACAUUUCCUUUGUUAUUGUGUUAUUGUUUACAUCAGUCAGCUGUUUACUGUCAUUUUCUAAUGCUACCAAUUUAAAAAAUGUCCCUGUUAUUAAAGCUCAAGGACCAUAGAAUGAGAGAGAGAACAUUUUUUGUUCACACAGACGCUGAAUACACGUAUAAAUGUCAGAAAAUUCAAAUUUUUUAUGUCCAAAUAGAAAUGUCCCGGACUGUAUAUGGUUUGCUAAUUCAUUGGUAGUUGCAGCUAAUUUCCCAUGCACAACAUGGGUGUUCCUUUCGAUAUAUUGGUUUAACGUGUCUUAUAUUUAUUCCAGGCAAUAAAUAGGGAAAAAAAGCACUUGAGUUCGGUGAUGCAUCUCCUUUAUGUCUGGAAAGCGUCCCCUUGAAAAUAAAAAGUGCUGUGUGCUGAAGGGGCCUUUAUACUACUAUUUGUGUAUUUAUUUUUACUUAAAUACUAAUAUUUUACAUUGUACUGUUAUAGUGGCGGUCAGCUCGAUUUGCGUGUGCGUCAUCAAUUUCAUUUUUUCAUUACCAACAGAAAGCUAUAAAAAAUUAUCAAAAACAAUGCAAAUUUAAACAGCUAAGGGCUAUCUAAGGGUGGCAUCCUUGAACAUUAAUUUACAUGUGCACUUCGACAACACCGUCAAGUGUCACGAAUUUGUCAAACUGACAUUGACAGUAAAUAAUAGACGUCAUCGCAUGGUUUUCGAAAGUGUUAUCGGUGUUAAUCGCAAGUAUUUUCUGUUCGUUUAUUGUGUUUUGUGAUUUGCGUUUCGUUAGGUUUUUGAUUCUGUGUUUAUUAGUUCUUGUUUUGUGAAUCUGUAUUUUUUGUAACAACUCAUAAUUUAAACACUUCGUAACCUCAAAACAUAUUUGAUAGUUUGUCACCGCUAUGCCCCUGCUAUGUAAACGUAGUGACAGAAAUGUCAGAUGACGCACACGCAAACGGAGCUGAGCGCUACCAUAUUAUAUUUUUAACUGUUGGGCAAUAAAAUUAUUUUAUUAUUACUA